UAUAGUGGACGACAAAGUUGUACGAGUAACAUAUAUUUAUUUAUAGAUGGACUAUAAAUUUUAUAAUGUUAAUAUUUUUCUACCGAUUGAACUAUGUAUUGGCGUAGUUAACCGAUAGGGCGCGACACUGGAGGUUGUCGAAGUGUUGCGUGUUGCCACAUCACCACCAAAUCAAACGUACUUGGACGAUGUUUCUGUAUAGAUUGCGCUCCUGCCGAGAUCUUCACAAUACGUGGAAAGCGUGAGUUUCUCCACCUUGAAUCAUCAUGUCAAAGUUUUCUUAAAUUUUUAACGAAUAUUCACGGAAUAAGCAAAAACCAGCGUGUAGAUAAUCUUCUAUUUAUCGAAUAGCUUUCCCGGCUCGCGCGUAGACUGAUAAAUUAUAAAUUUUUUUUUGUGGCAAACUAACGUGGUAAACUAACGACACAAUGAGCGCACAGGGUCAAGUGAAACCAAGAAACGGAGUAGUAAAACAGGUUAUUUCGGGGGAUACCAUUGUUAUCCGUGGCCAACCUAUGGGUGGUCCCCCACCAGAAGUUACUGUUACCCUCUGCAACAUAACCGCGCCAAAAUUAGAACGAUGGAAAGGAAACGAUAGUACGGAUGAAAGUAAAGAUGAACCGUAUGCUUGGGAAGCUAGAGAAUUUUUACGUAAGAAACUUAUUGGUCAGGAUGUAGCUUUUGUUACAGAAAAAUCAAUUAAUACAAACAGAACUUAUGGUACUGUGUGGUUGGGAAAAGAUAGAAAUGGUGAAAAUGUUAUUGAAACAUUAGUAUCUGAGGGUUUGGUAACUGUAAAAAAAGAUACUAGGAAUCCCAGCCCUGAACAGACACGAUUAAUUGAAUUAGAAAACGCAGCUAAAGCAGCAAAAAAAGGAAAAUGGUCAGAAUCACCAAGUUCUGAACACAUACGCGAUGUAAAAUGGACUGUGGAUGAUCCUCGCAAGUUGAUUGAGAAAUUUGGGAAAAAAUCAAUGAAAGCUAUUAUUGAAUUUGUAUUUGAUGGCUCUACAGUGAAGGCACUUUUAUUACCUGAUUUUUACAAUAUAGUGUUAAUGAUAUCCGGUGUUCGUUGCCCUGGAUGGCCAAAUGGAAGACGUGAGAACUCUAUAGGCGAUCCUUAUGCAGAUGAAGCAAGAUAUUUUGUAGAGUCCCGUCUUCUACAUAGAGAUGUUGAGAUAAUUCUUGAAUCUGUCAAUAACAAUAAUUUCAUUGGUAGCAUUCUUCAUCCAAAGGGAAAUAUUGCCGAAAUUUUAUUGAAUGAGGGAUUUGCCAAAUGCCAAGAUUGGUCAAUUAAUAAUAGUAGAGCUGGUGCAGAAAAACUCUAUCUUGCAGAGAAAGCUGCGAAGGAAGCACGAUUACGUUUGUGGAAAGAUUAUAAACCAUCGGGUCCACAAAUUGAGUUUACCGGUACUGUUGUCGAAAUCGUAAAUGCAGAUGCUCUUAUAAUUCGAACCCAAAAUGGAGAAAAUAAGAAAGUAUUUUUGAGCAGUAUUCGACCACCGUCCAGAGAAAAAAAAACUAAUGAAGAACCUAACAAUGCAAUUAAGAAAGAUUUUAAACCACUUUAUGAUAUUCCAUGGAUGUUAGAAGCGCGUGAAUUUUUACGUGAAAAAUUUAUUAGGAAAAAUGUAAAAAUAGUGGUUGACUAUACUCAACCUGCUAGAGACAAUUUCCCAGAAAAAUUAUGUUGUACUGUUACUUGCGGUAAAACGAACAUCGCUGAAGCUUUGGUUGCACGUGGUUUAGCACGAGUUAUUAAAUAUAGACAAAAUGAUGACCAACGAUCAUCCCAUUAUAACUUGUUACAAGUUGCGGAAAGCAAAGCAGAAAAAUCUCAACAUGGUUUACAUGCAAAGAAGGAUAUUCCUGUACAUAGAUUAGUAGAUCUUUCUAAUGAUCCAUCAAAGGCAAAAGCAUUUUUAACAUCACUUAAACGAGCGCAAGGCAUUAAAGCUGUGGUUGAAUUUGUUACGAGUGGUUCACGUCUAAAACUGUUUUUGCCAAAAGAAGAUCAGUUAAUUACGUUUGUCCUGGCCGGAAUAAGAACUCCGCGAUGCCAGAGAUCAUUGCCAGGUGGUGGUAUUGUUAAAGCGGAUGAAUAUGGAGAGAAAGUAUUAGCUUUCACUAGAGAACAUUGCUUCCAAAGAGAUGUGGAAAUAAAAAUUGAAAGUACCGAAACUAAAGGAAGUGGAUUUAUUGGAUGGUUAACUGUAAACGAUAUCAAUAUGUCUAUUGCUCUUGUUGAAGAAGGUCUUGCAGAAGUAGUUACUUUCCCUGAUUUUGGAGAAUUAACAAGAACACUUAAAGCUGCAGAAGAACGUGCCAAAAUGAAAAAGCUAAAUAUGUGGAAGAACUAUGUGCAAAUACAAGUUGAGAACGAAAAAAACGAAAGUGAUAAAGAAAUCGUUGAAAGAAAAAUUGACUAUCAAGAAGUAGUACUUUCUGAAGUUACCGAAGAUCUUCACUUUUAUGCGCAAAGUGUUGAUCAACGUAGCAUGUUGGAAAAUUUACUUUUGCAGUUGCGUCAAGAAUUAGCAUCUAAUCCUCCACUUCCGGGUGCUUACAAACCCACUAGAGGUGAAUUAGCGGUUGCUAAAUUUACUGGUGAUGAUGAAUGGUAUCGCGUUAAAAUAGAAAAAGUUUCUGGUACAAAUGUCAGUGUAUUUUACAUUGACUAUGGUAAUAGAGAAACCAUUAAUGUCACAAGAGUUGCUGAUUUACCGUCAAGAUUUGCUAAUGAUAAACCCUAUGCUCACGAACAUGUCCUUGCAUGUGUUGCCCUGCCAAACGAUAACGAUGACAAAAAAACAGCAGUUGAGAUUUUUAAGGAAGAUGUAAUGGAUAAAAUUUUAUUAUUGAAUACAGAAUAUAAACUAAACAAUAAUAUUACUGCUGUAACUUUAGUUAAUUCUUCUACUAAUGAGGAUAUUGCAAAAGGACUUAUUUCUGAUGGGUUAUUACUUGUUCAGAACCAACGCGAUAGAAGACUUAUUAAAUUGAUUGAAGAAUAUAAAAAAGCAGAAGAAGAUGCGAAGCAUAGUCGACGCAACAUUUGGAGAUAUGGCGAUAUACGAGCGGAUGAUGAAAAAGAAUUUGGAUUGUAAAGAUUUAAAGGACUGAUUAAAAAGUGAUCAAUACAGGGAAAAAGACAUGUUACGAACUGCAUAAUGAUUAUGUAAGAAUCCAUUACAUAAAUUAACAAAAAAUAAUAAAUGUCCAUAUGACAGUUAAUGUUGCAUUGAUUAUAAUGCAGUUAUAUUUCAUUACAUAAAAAUAUGAAUUGUACAUAACAAUUUCAUUAAUUCUUGUAAUUUUUGAGUGAAUUAGUGACAUAAUAUAUUGCAUAAUAUAUUGUCAUCAAUCAUUAUUUGUGUUACAAUAUGAAAUUUAGUUAUCAUAAAUUUUAAUAAUUCCAUACAUAACUACUUUAAAGUUUUCUAUGUGCAUUUAUUUCUAAUCGUAUGCAUUACAAUUAUGAAAAAUUUCUUUUUUUUACAAAUUUAUAUUACAUUUGAAUAUAAAAAUGAAUAUAAAAUUAUAUAUUUUGUCAAACAUACUCAUUUAAGUAUGUAAAAAUUUAUAUUAAGAAAGUUUACUGUAUUCUGAUUAAAAAUAGCAUCAGUAAAUCAUUGGUUAAACAAUUUUACUAUGUAUGUAUUACAUAUAUAUAUAUAUAAAAAAUUUUUCAUCUGGUGUUAUAAAAAGAUAUUUUUAUUUUACACCUAUUUUAUUUCAUAUUAAUUGUAUUCUUAUUUUCCUUGAAAUUGAAAUCAGAAUUGCUUUUUUAAUUUUUCAUAGUUUUGUUUUUUAUAAAAACUUAAAAAAAAAAUAUUCGUUAAAUAAUUCAGUCAUUCUUGUAUUUGUUUGAUAUUUUUGAAAUUAUAAUGUAUUACAUUAAAAUGAUAUUCUUAAAACAAAAAAUAAGAUUGCAGCACAAAACUUAGCGGUCUUAAAUAUAUAAAAUAAAGAUUAUUUUCUUCUAGAAAUAAAAUACGAUUACUUUGA